GAAAAUAUUUGCUUGUCACUUGUGUCAUAAAAGGUUCUCGCAAUCCUGCAACUUGAAGACACACAUGCGAGUUCAUUCUGGUGAACGUCCAUUUGAGUGCACGGAGUGUGAUAGGCAGUUCACGAACAAGGUCAACCUGCAAACUCAUAUGAGGACUCACACAGGGGAAAAGCCUUUCGUCUGCAUUGUCUGUGCCAAUCAAUUUACUCAGGUAGGCAUUUAUACAGGUUUUAUUCUUUAA